UGAGGUGCGUGUGAUUGAGGCGGAGGCAGCCAGCCUGCGACAGAAAAACAAGCGAGGAUAGGUCGAGCAAUAUAUGAUCAGUCCACGUUUUAAACGAAAGAACAAUUGUGAAAAGCAAGGAUAUGUGGAUUUAAACGUUAUUUUUGUGGCUUUCACGCGGGCUUAGUUACUUAUUGUUUGCUAGGCGGGUUUUCAUUUUUUCGCGUUGAGUGUGUCGCCGUUUGCCCAUUCUCACUGGAGUGAACACUAAGACACACCUUUGUUAAGGGCGCCAUGGUAACACAGAGUUCCAGGACAAGGUUCGCUCAGCAAUGACAGGGGGACUCCAUGAAAGAUGACAGAGGAGGUGAUUGUUGUAGCCAAGUGGGACUACACGGCCCAGCAGGACCAGGAACUUGACAUCCGUAAAAACGAGCGUCUCUACCUCCUGGACGACUCAAAGACCUGGUGGCGUGUCCGCAAUGGUGCCAACCAAACGGGUUAUGUGCCAUCAAACUAUGUUGAGCGCAAGAACAGCCUGAAGAAAGGCUCGCUGGUGAAGAACAUCAAAGACACACUGGGUUUGGGAAAAACUAAGAGGAAGCCAAGCGCCCGUGAUGCUUCCCCAACUCCAAGCUCAGACACAGAAUAUCCUUCCAAUGGCAGCGGGGGCGGAGGGAUGGGAGGAGGAGCCGCGGAGAGAAUCUACGACCUCAACAUCCCCGCUGUGGUCAAGUUUGCCUACACAGCAGAGAGGGAAGACGAGCUGACCUUGGUGAAGGGCUCCAGGGUCAUCGUGAUGGAGAAGUGCAGCGACGGUUGGUGGCGGGGCACCCAGGCGGGCCGUGUGGGCUGGUUUCCCUCCAAUUACGUCCAGGAGGAGAUGGGAGGAGCAGAUGACAGAGGGGAGGGAGAUUCUUCACUGGGCUACCACGGAGGCUCUCAAGGGACUUUGUUGGCCAACGGGCGCGCAGGCGGCCGUGGUGAAGUGCUCCACCUGGUUCAAACACUCUACCCCUUCAGCUCUGUGACCGAGGAGGAGCUGAACUUUGAGAAGGGAGAGGUCAUGGAGGUGGUGGAGAAGCCAGAGAAUGACCCGGAGUGGUGGAGGUGUAAGAACUCGCGUGGCAUGGUGGGCCUGGUACCUAAGAACUAUGUGAUGGUGCUGGACGAGCGGCCCGGCCUGCCCUCUUCCACGUCGAGCUCCCCGCAGAACCGCUUUGUGGCACCGGCACGCUCAGGGAAGUUCGCUGGGAGGGACUGGUACUAUGGCAACAUCACCAGACACCAGGCUGAGAGUAUACUCAAUGAGAGAGGAGAGGAGGGCGACUUCCUCAUACGAGACAGCGAGUCAUCGCCCAGUGAUUUCUCUGUGUCUCUGAAGGCUGUGGGUAAGAAUAAGCACUUUAAAGUGCAGCUGUCAGAAGGAGUGUACUGUAUCGGCCAGCGCAGGUUCAACUCCAUGGACGAACUACUGGAGCACUACAAGAAAGCCCCCAUCUUCACCAGCGAACAUGGAGAGAAGCUGUACCUGGUCAAAGCGCUGCUGUGAUUCACACAUCCUCACACUUACACUGGAUCUCACACAUACACACAUACAUGCACACACACACACACACACUCUCCACACUCUCUCAUACACACACGUAAUAAAAAUGCCACUCCCUAACUGUCUUAAUCCAAGCCUUAGCUGUGGACCCUCUCGCUAUGGCGUCUGUACUACAGUCAAGUUUUAUCUGUCGCCCUCCAGUGGUGAUCAGAUGAAAUUCUUUCUUGCUCUACAACCAAGCAGUUAACCCCAAGAUGGCAUGCACUGUCAGCAAAUAUCCAGCCACAUCCUUCAUGUACAGCACAAUGCAUACUAAGCCUCUCUGUCUUGGAUGUGCUAACAUUUGCAGUGACCACAUCUGCCGCUAACAGAACGCCUGAGGCCUUGUUGGGGGUUAAGCUCUCCUUCUGAUGUCAUACAUAAUGUCCAUUUACUACCAUGCACAUUGUAGGUUACACCAUUGCUCUUAAUCCACACAGGAGGACAAAAUGUUUAACAGUUCAGAGGACUCGAACCUUUGAGGGACCUUACUCUAGUAUUGCCCUGUCAACUUGUUAGCUAUUGUUUUAUUUUGUUUUGUUCAUUUAUUUUUAAAAGAUGUCUAAAUGCUUGUUCCUGAGUUAAUAUUUUGUUUUUUUUAAAGCUAAUUUAAAUUCCUCUUGGGUGGUAUCAAUCAUUGCUCUUUCAUUCAGUGACUUCACAAAGUGACCACAAUCACUCUCUUGCCUUUUUUCUCCUCAUUUUCACCAUUGCUCUACUUGAUUUCUCUCCCCAUUUAAACUUUUGUCUUUCACUUUUAUUAAACUCCGCCAUGUUUUCAUCUCCAGUCAUUAUUAGUAAUAUUAUUAAAAAGCUGGCUACAAUACUUCUUGUAAUGUUUCUGAAUGGCAGUGGGGAAGUGUUAAUGCAAUAGGGGAGACCUCUGAUUUCCUGUAGAGUUUGAAUGUUUAUCAAUGUAACCAAAUGUGCCACCCUGUACCCAUACUACUGGCUCCAGGUCUGCACUGCACUCACUAAACUUGGCAUUCAUUCAUAGCUCUAUGCUCAUGCUUUAUAUUGUGUCACAUUGAACAUGUUUCUGUUCUGUUCUCCAGUAUGUCUGUAGUUACAUGAGGAUACUGACUGAAGAAUAAUAAUAAAAAAACAACCUUUUGGUAACA